CUGAACAUAGGAAUGAUCACUUCCUAUUGGAAAUGCCCAUGAGCUCAAGCGGUGUAAUCUUAUUCACUGACGUCAUCAGCGCGCGCCGCUGGGCUUCAGUCUGCUGGCCUCUGGAAUGGGCAGAUAUCAUCAGCCCUCAUUUCACCAUCGAUUUUUCGCACGAACUCCACCAAGAGUUGGUAUUUCUGUACGUCCUCUACACGAUGAUAUGCGGAGGUAAGGUGAUGGAAGAGGCCAGCGGGAGUUUCUCAGAACUCAUUCCAGUGGUGCUAUUUCUGUGGCUGUCAGGCUUCGUCUCUUUCUCUGUUCAGUAACAACGCCCAUUCUCAGCCUCGGUCACCAUGAAGCCAGUCCACGAGCGCAACCAGGAGUGCCUCCCUCCUAAAAAGCGUGAUCUCCCAGUUAACAACAACAACACCACGACCAACAACAGCAACAGCAGCAGCAGUACCAUCAGCGGUGGAGCGGGAGGAAGUGGCAUGGGAGGUGGUGGAGGAGAGGAGACAUCAUCUUUACAAAGUUCUGCAACGAGCGGAGAACCUCAGAGCGGCGAGUGGAUGCGAGGUCAGCCUGGCGUGCAUUACGGAGUGGAGGGGUCCGAGGGUCUCGUAGGACUUUCCUUGGAUCAGUACAGCAUGCUUUAUAAAGUAGCUCUACCCACCGUCACCUAUGCCCCCACCAGCCUGCACCCCGUUCUUAGCCACAUUUCUCCGGCAUACACCGGUCCCUCUCCGGUAUUACAGCACACGAGCGUUCCAUACCCUCCUCUUGGCUACACUCCGAUCCCCCACUCAUCUUUGCACUUUGUCAGUUCUCCAUACGCGACGGCAGUACCCUAUGCCAUGCCUCCGGGAUUUGUUCCCAGUUCUUUGAUACAGCCUCAGUCUGCCAUUCCACAGCCCCACCCCAUGUCUCACCUGGUCCCGUAUUCAUCAGUCAUUCAGGAAGGUGUGGUCUCUUCCCCACCGCAGCAGCAGGUAUCAACCCACGCGUACACCAAAAUGGCUGCCUCGAGUGGAGUUCCACUGGUGCUCCCUUCUGAGCAGGCGGCUGCGCAGACGCAGCUCGGGACUGUAGGGAUGCUGCCCGCUGCGGAGCUCAGCCCGAGGGGAGUGAACCUUUUCUACCACCCCGCCGUUAGGGGCAUUCAGCCUCAAAGAGAUAUGCACAGCAGCCCACUGGAGCAGGAACGAGAGGUGAACGGAGGAGACCGGGAACAUGAAGGUAGAGAGACCCAUCAAGAUACGAUUUAUUUGGCCAGAAAUGCGCGUCUGGUGCAGGCAGCUCCUGGCACAACGGUGUUGGAGCAACAGGACAAAACCUUGAAAAGCCGCAGGCAGGAGGGCAGAAUGUCACCAGGCCAACGCAGCACACCGGACACAGAUCUGGAGGUCCAGCAGGUGGUUGGACGUCUGGCCUCUCCAAGUCAUGGAGCGGGUCGGAAGGAGGCAUUGCACGUUCCCUUGAACCUGUCCCAGAGAGGUAGAGAGACUCAGAGUGAAGUCAGAACAGCAUAUGCAUCAAAUCCUGCUGAAUCCAGAGCUCAUCAUCAGCAGAUUGUUCAACAAAGCCACGCUGUUAUUUUGGCAAGUGGGCAACCCGUUCUGGUGCCACUGGACUACCAUCACCACCACCACCAACAACAGCAGCAGCAUUACCCAAGUCAAACAAAUGACGUGGCAGCCUCAACUGUUGUCGCUGCUCCUGCAUCGUAUACGAAAACCGUGGAGGCAACAGCAGUGGUAUGUCUCGAAGAACGUGCAGUGCCGGAGCCUUCCCAGCACCUUCCCGCCCCAACCACCGUAACUCUUCCUCAAGCUCCACUGCUCGCGCCCUCCGGCCCAUCGCACUUCACGAAGGGGGCUAUCAUCCAGCUGGCCACAGGAGAGCUCAAACGCGUAGAGGAUUUGCAGACUCAGGACUUCGUGCGGAGCGCAGAAAUGAGCGGCAGCCUGAAGAUCGACUCGAGCAUGGUGGUGGAUAUCCGCUCCAGUCAACAGCGGCCAGGUUUGGUGGCCCUGCAUUUUAAUGUAGGGGAACAGCAAAACAAAGUAACUAUAGACGUACCCCCCGAACAUCCGUUUUUUGUUUUCGGACAGGGCUGGUCGUCGUGUAGCCCAGAGCGGACCGCCCAACUGUACGGUCUCACCUGCCACCAUCUGCAAGUGGGGGAUGUUUGCGUGUCCGUCACGCUGCAGCAGCAAACUGCAUCACAACAGAAACCGCAGCAGCAGGCACAAGCCAGGACUCCCACCAAAGUCAACUCCACAUCAGGGGUCCCACCUCAGCCCAUGGGCCCCCCUGCCCCUCAACAAGCACGGCCACAAAGCCAACUAAAGAUGGAGCGCGUCCACCGGGAUCGAGACAAGGAGGAACCCAUGCAGGUUGUCGCUUCGAGGCACAGUGAUGCUCCCCCCAGACCAAACAGGACUUCAGGAGAGCACACUCGAAGCCAGAGCAAUUAUUAUUUGCACACUGAGGGUCCGGGAACCGGAGCGGGAGCCUCUUCCGUAGGGGCGUCCCAGAGGCGCUGGUCUGCCCCUGGCUUCCAAAGAUACACCAUGAAGAACGAGGAUGGGAAUCUAGUUUUAGCUGGCUCCUCUCGCCCCUCCUUUAUCUCUCAGGAGGUCAAGCUCUCCAUCGAGGGUCGCUCCAAUGCCGGAAAGUAGCAGCAGCCAUAGCAGCAAACACAAAAGCAAGAGAUUGUCUAAGGGAGCAAAGUGUCAGAGUUGGGUGCAAGGAUGCAAAGUAGGGAGUGUAGGAGAGAGAAUGUAGCCUCAGAGUGUUUGAGAUUUUGCACAUAUCGGAAGAGUCCCUUUGCCGCCCCCUUUUCUGUAUUUCUUUGGUUCUGGUGAACCUAGCAGUGAACCUUUGCAGUUUUGUGCCAGGUCAUAGUCAGCAUCUGCAAUGAUCCGCAUGGGCAGCUUUAUCUGGUAAAUCACGUACCAAAGCCUGCGUCGUCUGCGCGUUCCUGUGGGUGGAAUAUCACGUUCGGGAGCGAUCACUUCCGCUGAGAUAUCUCGCAGUCCUUCAAAUAGAUGUUUUUCAAGAAAGGCCAGGGAAAGAACGGGAUACAGCCAUAAAAUCUUGACAAGCCUUUUCAAGUUUGCUUAAUAAUAAAUCUAUAUUUCAAAAGCAGGAAUAAAAUCCCAGAGGAUCUAUUGUUUGGAUCUUUUUUUGUAAAACAACCGGCCUUGUUUCCAUUGAUGUUUUGCCAAGCCAAGACCUUAAAACGUGGACUUUUUAUUGUGAUUUCAACGCGUCUCUGUCUCUAGAGAUGUGUUUUUCCUCACUUUCCUACUCUUGAUCUACACUCUCCCCCUCUCCCUGCCUUUACUCAGGGUGCUUCUCUGGAGAACUCCUCUAUUUUGAGAACAGUUACCCAUCAAUCGAUCGAUCCAACAAUCUUUUUACAAUCAGUAUCCAGAUUUGCAGAUGAAAUCUAGUGUCCGUAGUAGUCACACGCUCUCCAAUGAUUUUUUUAAAAUCCUUCAUUUCAGUUUCGACCCAUCAGAAUUAUGAUUUCCCCAUAGGACCGGCCAAUAAAAACAGACUCUCUAUAAUACCUCACAGCUGGAAGCAUCAUUCACUCCGACUAACUUUUUAAUCCUGCAUCAUUUUUUGGAGUAUCAGCCCAAAUCCACCUGCUUGGGAAGACCAAAUAUGUAACAGGUUUUAGCUACUUGCAAUUGGAUUAUUGCGAUAAAGCACGCAGGUUGAAAUGAAGUGGUCCUUUUGGAAGCGUUAAGCUGUUUGGUGUGAAAAAACCCUGCUCAGUUACCAAAACAAAGCAAUAGUUGCAGAAGACAAGGCUGGGUUUUACAGAUUUCCAUGUUUUAUGUUUUGUUUUUCUGAUCCCGUACAGGGUGUAUUAUUCCUUGUAUUCUGAUUCUUCAUGUGCAACAGUUGCAGUCUCUUAACCAGAGACCUUUUUAAUCUUGCACUUCUCUUGGUUUUGUAAGAUGACAGUUUUAUUAACAAUUACUACAGGAGUUUAUUCAACGCAUGACGUGAUUAUAUGUUUUUAUUUGUGACCAGUAGUGUCUUCAAAGAUAACUAAUAUAAAAGCACACAUUUUUUCUAAAGACUCACAGUUUAGGAGGGCAGAUUUUGCCCUGAAGACCACAGUCUCUUAUGUUUGUCCUAACCAGGUGCGAUGCGAGUUAAUAAGGUUUUGUAUAAGCUGCAAACAAGUGACUUUUUUACAGUCUAUGGUAUAAUGCAAAAACUCCAGUAGAUUAAACAUUAAAGGGCAGUUUCCCAGGACAGGUUUUAAAUUAAUUAAGGACAUUUAAGUUAUUUUUACAAAAAAAAACAAAAAAACAAUACUGGUGUGCAUCUUGAGACAAAACAAUGGCACUUGAUAUCUAGAAAAGAUACGUCAGUGCAAAUGUUUUUAAGUUAAAGGUGCAGUGUGUAAUUUUUUAGAAGGAUCUCUUGACAGAAAUGCUAAAUUAUAUACAAAACUAUAUUAUCAGGGGUCUGUAAAGACAUUUCAUAAUGAACCGUUAUGUUUUUAUUACCUUUGAGUGAGACGCUUCAUCUACAUACACUGAGGUUCCCCUUACAUGGGAGUCGCCAUUUUGUGCCGCCAUUUUUCUACGAAAGCCCUAAACGGACAAACUUUUUUACUUAUUUGUCUCCGACGAUGACAUGUUUCUACCGUAGCUUCUCUAUGCGUUUCAAAAGGGAGGGGUGAGCAGUGGACUGAGCCGUUGGUUGCAAUUCGCAACCUCACCACUAAAAUUUACACACUGCACCUUUAAGGCUCAAACAUGCAUUCUAGUCUGGGACUAAGAUAAGCCCUGUCCGGGAGACCACCUCUAAAUAUAAUGUGAUUGGCUGUUAUUUUGUUGUGGUGGUGCGUGUUCACUUUUAGCAUUGAAAUUUAUCACACCACACCUGGUUGAGACACUGUUAGCUAAAUUUAUCUUAAAUUGCGUUUUAACUUAAUUUCAGAUGUCGCUUAAUUCAAAUCAACGUGUGCUAAAGUUUGUGUUUCUGUAAUUCACGUAUUAUUGUACAAAAUUGUAUUCUGCCUAUCUUCUCUGCAAUAUUACCCACGAGUGGUUCGUAAAACUUCUGCAGGUUUUGUAUUGCACAGAUACGUUCACCACGAGUUCACACUGACCUUUUAAUGGGAAUCAAAUAUGAUGUUUUUAUUUUUUAAUAUUGAAGGGAAAAUGCGAGUUUGUGUUCGUUUUGUUUCGGCGGUGGUUUCGACUUAAGAGAAACUGACAGGAAAGGUUACCACUGUUUACAGAUUAGCCGAGAGAAAAUGCUGCAGUUUCAGUUUUCCAAUGGAUGAAAUCAUUAAGUGCAAUUAGACCAAAUCUUUUAAACCUUAGGAAUAUUUUUUUUUUCAAACGGCAUUCCAAAACAUUCUGACAUUCCCAUUAUCCAGCAUGGAUUACAGGAUUUCCUUCUCUUUGUUUUCGUUUCAUCUCAGUGUUUUAAUAAUACCACAUCAUUUUACUGUUACAUCUUCGGGUCAAACCCAGUAAUGCGAUAUCUAAUUUUCGCAUUGUUAUGUAUUGGCAUAGCUGUGCAUAUGUUUGGAUUUAUUGCUCUUUAGACUCACUAUCACUCUAGGCUUUAAAAAGGGGUUUUGUUUUAGAUAACAAAUAAUAUAUUUUAAUAAAUGUAGCAUUUGACUGGUUAAAUUUCAACUUUCCUCGACUACAUCAACCUCAGUUAUUUCAGACCUCUGACAUCAGAAAAAUGAAGUUUUUGUAGACCACCUGCACCUGUUCAGCCUCAUUGAAAGAAAUGGCUAAAGCAGUAUUUUUCAUCUCUUUACUUUGUUUUUAAUGUACAGUACAUAGUGAAUACUAUCAUCUGUCUUUUCUAAAUUGAUCCGACUGUUAGCUUUAAGGUAAUUCAUAGUGUUUUAUUUGGAUAAGUCACACUAUUUCUUUUGGUCUCGGAUCUUCAUUUUAUUUUUCCCUUUUGAACAUUUCUGUGGUACUUUGGAGCUGUUUGUUCACGUAGGGCACUUCCUUGUUUUUUUGACUAACCGGAAGCGUGCCGUCCACUGUCAUCUUCAGCUGUGUGCUAUGUAGGCAGCAGUGUAGUAUUAUACUCGCUCAUAAACAGGGGAGAUGAUAUUUUUAAAGUAAUACAGAUGUAGAGCAGUACAUUUCACAAGUAUUAGAUUUAAAGUUUGAGCAAUACUUUCCAGAAACCGGAAAGAUUUAGCACGAGCUAUGCAGUAGAGACAGCGUAUAUCCAUCACGUUGAAUUUGGUUGUACUAUUUCUUCCCCUUUGGUUUCUCUGCGGUGUAUUCAACUCCUCUGACUUUCAGGAAAGCUCUCAUCAUCCUGUAUUUUUUUCAAUAGCCAACCGGCUCGGUGACCUUUGCUAUCAUCCUAUAAUCUCGCAGUUACAUUGCAUAACUUGAAGCUUACUUUACCUUGUUGGUGCACUGUUUUAUUCUGGAAUGCACUGCCUUACCAGCUGUCUUUAGUUAGCAAGUUUGUGAUUUUUGUGAGGGAGAUGGGCCGAGUUUGUCCCGUGCACUGUAAAGAAAAGAGUCGAUGCUAUUUCUGUGCCUUCCCGAUGUCUUAACCGUACUCUGGUUUGUCUUAUUCAGCUAACUUUAUCUCCUCUGGGUGACUUGAGCAUCCCCAGUUUGUUCUUGCUGUUAUCGUGGUAUCAUAUAUCAAUUGUUAGGCUCGGCAUCCUGCGUCAUAUCUCGUGGGCUUUAAUCUGGUCUACAUUUCCUAUAGAUAGUACGCUUCCUCAGCAUCACAUUUUCAUCUCUCUACGGAUGUCUGAAAAUGAAUCAGAUCAUGUACUUACCUCACAUAUGCAUGCAUUGAGCACAGCGCCCCCUCUUGGUAAAAGCCUAUCGAUGUCUAUAACGAUUAGCGCAAGUGCAUUUUAAUAAAUUCUUCCACAUUUGGACCUGCUUGUCUGCAAUUUUCAUAGCCGUAUGUUAACCAAAGUCAGAGGGUGUUGCGGCACAUCACAUUCGCAAGCCCUUGCUUUUUAUCCUCAUCUCUAACUUUUUUUGAUAUGAAAACGCUGGGUGUGUUUUCAGCUCAGAUUUCGCAAACCUGCGUUCUUCCAUUGAGCCUCACCUUAUCACGUACUAUGGACGUAAAGUAAAUUUGACGCAAUGCACUUAUUUUCCCUCACCUAUAGCGUUACCGUAAAUGUUUGCUUUCAUUAUGUCGUAUCGAAUAAUCCAAAACCACGUAAAACAAUCAUUAAUGAAUUUGUAUGUUUGUAUAGAUAUAAAAAUAACUUUUGUAUAGUAUUAGCUUGUCAAUAACGCCUUAAAAUGUGCAUCGUUCGUGUUAAUCGAAUGAUGCUUAUUAGAGACUCCCACUUUUCCCACACUGCAAGGUCACAAGAUUUCACACGGAGAUAAAGAAGGCCGUGGAUUCCUCUGUAAGGGUUUUAAUGUAAUGCGGCUCGGGUGGCUCACUGACAACAAUAAGUGAAGUUGCACUGACUAGGAAGUUUGUAUUUUGGACUAGCUCAUAACGUGUAUCUCAUUGAGCACAAUAUAAGCUUGAUUUAAAUUCUUUCGAUUUAUUUAUAUUUUCAUUUGGUAAGUGAAGAAAAGCUUUUAUAAUAGUAGCUUUGUACUGUUGAGACAUCCCUGAUUCCAACUCAGGAAAAUCUCACUUGCAUGAUAAAAUCCUGAAAGCAAGAGUAUGUGUUUCUCUUUGGAGAAAGUGCGUGAUGAGAGUGAGCCUAAAUAAACUCUGAAGGACAGGUUAGGGUCAUAUUUCACAAUUUGGACACAAAUUUCAUUACUGUAUUGUUUCUGCAUUACACUCUAAAAAAUGCUGGUUUUUUUCAACCCAGCGUUGGGUCAAAAAAGGUAGAACCCAGCCCGUUGGGUUGUUUCGAGCCAAAAUGCUGGGUUGUUUAAAUUGUUGUUGGGUCAAAAAGGGUCGAACCCAACCCGUUGGGUUGUAAUUUAACCUAUGCUGGGUUGUUUUCGUUGUUUUCGACCCAAAAAGCUGGGUUGUUUUCGACCCAAAAUGCUGGGUUGUUUUCGACCCAAAAUGCUGGGUUGUUUCGACCCAAAAUGCUGGGUUGUUUCGACCCAAAAUGCUGGGUUGUUUUAACUGUUGUUGGGUCAAAAAGGGUCAAACCCAGCCCGUUGGGUUGUAAUUUAACCUAUACUGGGUUGUUUCGACCCAAAACGCUGGGUUGUUUCGACCCAAAACGCUGGGUUGUUUCGACCCAAAACGCUGGGUUGUUUCGACCCAAAACGCUGGGUUGUUUUAAAUGUUGUUGGGUCAAAUAUAAAAUUUUUCCCUUUUUGACCCAAUUCUGGGUUGAAAAUAACCCAGCAUUUUAUUUUUUUUGGAGGCAAAUAUGCUCUCAAUUGUUAUCAAAGUAAUUUUGAGCAUAAAAAUAUAGGCUUUAAAACAGAAUAUUACUUGGAUUUUGGAGUGAAACGUGACCCAGACCUUUUUCUUUGUGAGAUUAAUCUACUUUUGUUUCUUUUCUCUCUUUUUUUGAGCAUCACUGUUGAGGUAACUGCAUGUUUUUAAAACGCCACUCCUGAAGUGGUUUGAAGAAAGAGUCUUAGCUAGUUUAUCUGUGUUGAUCAUCAUCAGGAGAUGAGAAAGAGGAACAUUGUGCACAGAAAGAGGAACGUUUCCUAUUAACACAGCAUUCCAUAAUAUCUCCUUAGUUGUUUGGGCUAAGAGUCCUGCUGAAUCCUGGGAAAUGUUUGAAUGAAAGUCCAUGUGGAGUCACCCCAUAGUUGUGAAGUGUGAGAGUGAUUGAAAACUUAUGCGGAAAAGCGUCCGGGUUACGGAUCAAUGCUCGGUUUACUUUGAGUAAUGUUCCAGUUGCAUAGUAUCAUUGCUUCAAAUAGUUCAUGUGAUUUUUAAUAUAUAAUAUAAAUUUGAAAGGCUUUAUGAACCCAAUAAAUGGUGUAUUGGUUUAUGUAAAAGUGUAAAACCCAGAGAGAACAUGAUCACUGUAAAAAAAUUAUGUUGGUUCAACUUAAUAAAGUAGGUUACCUGGUGGUUGCAUUAAGAUUUUGAGUUAAUUCAACAUAAAAAUAUUAAAAGUAUGAUUAAAUAAAUUUUAAGGCAACCAGGUAAUCUACUUUAAGUUAAUUCAACAAAUAUUUUUUACAGUGUAGCAGGCCCAGAGUCGGUCCUGUAUCCUGAAAUCAGGUUUCUAACGGUUUAAAUGUUUGAAAAGAAUGAUUAUAUACUCUUAAAUUUGACAUUGUACUUCUUGGCACUAAGUGACACUGCUUUUAUCGUGAUGUGUGAUCAGUUUUAAAUGAGAUGGCAUCUUUCUCUAAUGCAUAAACUCUGCGAAAUAUAUGCAAUGAUGUAUGUGUAAUAUUCAAUCCUCAAGUAUAAUCCAGGUUGUAUAAACUUUGUAUAGUACAUUUUAAUAUCGUAUGGCCGUACCAAUAUGUAUUAUUAAUUCUUCUCAAAAGCCUUAGAGUCGUCUACCCAAAGUGCUCCCUUAGACUACCCUACACCUACCUGAACUUUACAAAGCAUUAAUAACUAUAUUUUGUUGCGUUUUUAUUUGUACCCUUUUUUUGAAUAAAAUAGAUUUGUACUGUAUAUUUGUACCUCUUUGUGAACUACUUAGGGCUGUUUUUUUGUUUCUCUGUUUUAAUUCUAUGUAAGGACACAAAGAUAUUGUAUUUUUAUUGUUACUGCUAACCUCUUGGAAACAUUGCAUUUAUCAUGUUUGUUAAGUAAACACAAUAUAAUAUAUAUUAUAUCUAUAUAAUAAUAACA